ACUAGAACGCGAUAAGAGCGCAACAUGUGUCAGUUUUCUCUUAGUUGAGAAACUGGAGUUGUUGUGGGAGGGUAAUUUUCUAAACGCUGAGUAGGUGAAAGAAGUAAAUGGAAAUGUCCAGCGAUUACGAGAGCUACAAAUCGCCGCUGAGCUCACGCUAUGCCAGCAAGGAGAUGCAGUUUCUGUUCAGUGACCAGAACAAGUUCUCCACCUGGCGUCAGCUGUGGGUCUGGCUAGCGAAGGCGGAGCACACCCUUGGCUUGGACAUAACCGAGGAGCAGAUAGCCCAAAUGGAGCUGCACAUCAAGGACAUUGACUUUGUGGCGGCGGCUGCCGAAGAGCGACUGACUAGGCACGAUGUCAUGGCGCACGUGCAUGUCUUUGCCAAGCAGUGCCCGGCGGCGGCACCAGUGAUUCACCUGGGUGCCACCUCGUGUUAUGUGGGCGACAAUACCGAUCUCAUUGUGCUGCGUGAUGCACUGCAGCUGCUGCUGCCGCGCGUGGCGAGCGUAGUGCGUCAGCUGAAGGAGUUCGCCGAGAUGUACAAGGCGCUCCCGACGCUGGGAUUCACGCAUCUGCAGCCAGCGCAGCUGACCACAGUGGGCAAGCGGACCUGCUUGUGGAUGCAGGAUCUGCUGAUGGACGAGCGUGCGCUGCGUCGCUGCCUGGAGGACUUGCGCUUCCGCGGCGUCAAGGGAACUACGGGUACACAGGCCUCGUUUCUAGAGCUCUUCAAUGGCGACGGGCAGAAGGUGAAGCAGCUGGACACGCUGGUCACCCAACUGGCUGGAUUCAGCAAGCCCUACGCUGUCACCGGCCAGACCUAUACGCGCAAGGUGGACGUCGAGGUAAUGGCUGCACUGGCCAGCCUGGGCUGCACUAUUCACAAAAUGUGCACUGACCUACGCAUUCUCGCCUCGCGCAAGGAGCUGGAGGAGCCCUUCGAGAGCACCCAGAUUGGCUCGUCGGCGAUGGCGUACAAGCGCAAUCCAAUGCGCUCGGAACGCUGCUGCGCCCUGGCCCGUCAUUUGAUCACGCUGUUCAGCAAUGCGGCGAAUACGCAUGCCACGCAGUGGAUGGAACGCACUCUGGAUGACUCGGCGAACAGGCGACUGACGCUGUCGGAGGGAUUCCUGGCUGCGGAUGCGGUUCUGCUCACGCUGCUGAACAUCUCUCAGGGACUGGUCGUCUAUCCGCGAGUCAUUGAGCGACAUAUUGCCCAGGAACUGCCCUUUAUGUCCACGGAGAACAUUAUCAUGGCCAUGGUUAAAGCUGGCGGAGAUCGUCAGGUGUGUCACGAGAAGAUUCGCGUUCUAUCCCAGGAAGCUGGCGCCCAGGUCAAACAGUAUGGCAAGGACAACGAUUUGGUGGAUCGUGUCCGCAACGACUCCUACUUUGCACCCAUCCUCGACAAGCUGGACCACAUUCUGGACGCGAGCACCUUCACUGGUCGUGCUAGCGAGCAGGUGGACGAGUUCCUUGCCGAGGAAGUUCAGCCACUGCUGGCCCGCUACACUGACGUCCUCAAGAGCGUCCAGAACGUGCAACUAAAUAUCUAAUCAGCACUCGUUUGUUGUUUCCACACUUUGUCAUCCGAUUAGCUCGAAGCAAUCAAAUACAUUUACAUACCUUGUUA